CCGCCGCUACGGCCGCCGCCGCCGCCGCCGCCGUCGGAUCCUUCCGUCCCGGAGCUGCCGCCUGCGGGUUUGGCGGGGCUGGUGCGGGCGGCGGGACGGUCCCUCAGCGCCGUCGCCCCCGCGGGGACCGCGAUGCCGUGAAACCGAAAAACGCCACAUGUGAAUGAAACACCACUCUUAACUGGAUUUUGAAUUGCAUUCACCAUGGGACAGCAAAUUUCUGAUCAGACGCAAAUGGUUAUAAACAAGUUGCCUGAAAAAGUAACCAAACACAUCUCUCUGUUUCGAGAAAGUGGUUCUCUUACCUAUGAGGAAUUUCUGGGGAGAGUGGCUGAACUGAAUGAUGUAACUGCAAAAGUGGCUGCUGGCCAAGAAAAGCACCUUCUCUUUGAGGUACAGCCAGGAUCAGAUUCCUCUGCCUUUUGGAAGGUGCUUGUACGCGUGGUGUGUACCAAGAUUAACAAGAGCAGUGGAAUUGUAGAAGCUUCAAGAAUCAUGAAUUUAUAUCAGUUUAUCCAACUUUAUAAAGAUAUCACAAGCCAAGCAGCAGGAGUCCUGGCACAAGGCCCCACUACUUCUGAAGCAACUGCUGAAAGCUUGUCAUCUGUGUCUUCCUGUCAGGCCAGCAUUUGGAUGGGAAGAGUGAAGCAGCUGACUGAUGAGGAGGAAUGUUGUAUUUGCAUGGAUGGGCGAGCCGACCUCAUUCUACCCUGUGCCCACAGCUUUUGUCAGAAGUGCAUUGAUAAAUGGAGUGAUCGCCACAGGAACUGUCCUAUCUGCCGCCUACAGAUGAGUGGGGUCAAUGAUUCUUGGGUUGUGUCUGAUGCACCUACAGAAGAUGACAUGGCUAACUAUAUACUUAACAUGGCUGAUGAGGCCGGCCAGCCUCACAUGCCAUGAAACUGGGGACUUUUGGUCACUUGGGUUGUAAAUCCCAUUUGGGGAUGGAGUAAAGAAUAUAGGGGCAUCAAUGUCAUGAGCACAUGAAAAUUGAUUCCUCCCUUCACCCCAUCUCUAUUUUUGCCACUCUUUUCCACAAUUUAUUCCAUCCCUUUUGAUAAAUUUCAUGAAUCUUUGUUUUGUUUUAAUCUAAAUUACUGUUUUAAAUCUUGUACAUGAGCCAGUCUAACGUUGGUAGGUAUCCCCAUUAGGUCCAUGGUGUUCUUUGAGAAUGCUUUGGCUGCUAAUUAGACAAGUAUCAUUUUGAGAAACUUCUGAAACACUGGUUUUAGGUAGGCAUGGUAGGUUUUGAUCAAUCCUGAGUACUUAGUAGUCAUAGCUUUCUGACAUACAAACCCACUUUAAAACAACUGAAAAUAGAAAAUAAAUCCAAGUGCUCAUUACUACUAAGCUAGUCGUUUUACUGGAAUUUAAAGGGUUGUUAUUGCCCCCUGCUGGUUAAUAGUGACUCCAUUAAUGAUCUCUGCAUGAAUUAACCACAGAUGCUUCCUAAUCAAGCAGUUUGUGAUUCAGAGAGAAUAGAUAAUGAAACCUAUAUACUGCAAAGGGAGAAAGAAAUCUAGAGCUUCUGAAAUUAUUUUUGCCAACAAAUAUUUUGGGGGGAAACUCGCUGUGGGCUGCUCGAUGGUUUCUAACACUCCUUGUGCAAAAUCCUGGGGUUUGAUAGGCACAUUUUUCUUAAUAGAAAAGCUCUAAAUUCUUAUACUUUCAAACUCUAUAUACUGGAAACAAAUCUCUACUAAAUGAUAAAUUGCUCAGUAUUGACCAUGGUGCUUUUUCGUUUCAUGAUUUGGUAUCAUCUUCCUAAGAUUUCAGAAUGUUCAUACUUAGGAGGUUAAAAGGAUGAGAAACCAGUGGUCCUGCUUUUUCCCUAUAAGUGUAGAAUCUUCCUGAAAUAGGGACAAAGUUUAGGCUGGUUGGCUAAGAAUAUUCAACAAUACAGGAGUAAGGAUUCAGUUAGAGGCAAUAUUCUCAAAGCAUUUCGACCUCUUUGGUGAAAGAGGGAAAUGUUCAUAGAGAAAGCGUUUGGUUUGUCGUGAUUCUUAACAUUCAGCACUCAUGAAGGUUUUCUUUAAAAGCCAAUGUAUUCAACCUUCCGGAAACCAUUCUGACCUCUUUAGUUGAAGUUGCAAACAUACAAUACUGUAAGCACUGGGGCAGAUGGUUUAUGUUGCUAUUUCAGGGAGUGGCUUUGUGUAGGAUUGUGUGUGUAAAUGGAAGAUUCUUCCUUUCUUUUUUUUUUAGCAAGUGUGCAAAUAAAAUUAAUGAUCCAUUCAUAGGGAAAAAAACCAACAACAGCAGCUUGUUCUUUCUAAUUGGCAUCAUUCUCCCUUCAGACGUCAGAGAUCUGAGGAGUCGUGGCUUACACAGAUUUUGCCCCUUUUCAUAUCUGUGGCUAUAUUACUAGCCGAUGGAUGCUUGUGGGCUGAGCGCCUUAGGGCUAAAUCUGGACUUGUUUUCAGAAUGAUUUGUAGAAGAGGUCUUUGUAAGCCUAGUUCAAAUUACUUUUUAAUAUAGUCACAUAUACAUUAUAUGUAUACCAUAUAAUAUUUUGGCCUUGUUUAAAAAAAUAGAAUUGCCAAGAAAACCAAACCCUUUGCUCUCCCAGUUUUAAAAUAAACCAUGGGACACACAUUCGGCAGUGGUGCCUAAACAUUAUUUGGCUUUCGUUGGCGCCCACUGAGCGUGUCUGGAAAUGAGUUCCAGGCUUAAAAAAUCAUAUUCUUAGGCUGGCUCUGAUUCCAGGACACAUCUUCAAACAUACUUCAUCUAAUUGUGAAAUGCCUUCUUUCUUCAUUCCCAUUGUCUUGUAAUUCCAUGAAAGGCCAGAAGAUUUAUGUUUUGGAUAUGGGGCUACAAUUGUUAGGGUGAGGGUAGUAAUGAGAGCUGUAGCGGGUUUGCAAGCCCUGCUCCCCACUUCCUUAAAUACAAUUCCCUGUGUCUUACUAAGCAGUGAGUGUAGGUGAUGACAGCGAUUAACUGAGAUAUGGUGCUUUGAGUUUUUGAAGCACUUUCUAUACAUUAUCUCAUUGAAACCUCACAAUGGCCUCCUGCAGGAUAGCUCCUGUAGUUAUAACCCCCAUUUUACUGAUGGUUCCAUUGAGGUUCAGAGAGGGGGAAAUAAUUUGCCACAGUCACACAGCUAGUGUAUAAGGCAGGAUUUUAAUUAAGAUCUUCCUGAGUCCAUAUGCAGGUCUCUCUCCCCAGUCUCAUACUGAUAGCAUCCCCACUCAGCAGAAUCAUUUUCUUGGCUAACUUUCACUGUGCCAUCUCUGCAGGUUGGCCUUAUAACAUUUCCUUCCACUUAUCUUUUCUCUUUCAGGGAGUUAAUGACUAGCCAUGAGCAUUGAGGAAAUAUAUUACUAAAACCUCUCUUAUUCUUCAAACUGUGUUCCACCCCAAACACUGACUGCUAUGCAGGAUCAUCAUGUAGUUUUCAUUAACCUCAUCAAAAUAAAUGGGACACUGACACCCCCAUUUUUUUGCUGAUUCUAUCAAGCUUUGCGAUUUUUUCCUUCGCAUGUGAAUGAAAUGUAGUUUUUAUUGUAGGAUGAACUAAUUCCCAAAAUUGUAAUUUUGCUUAAGGUGAAGGUGUAAACUUUUUUAUCUUUUACUUUUAAAUCUUUUGUAAUUAGAAAGUACUAAAAUGCACUUGCUGUGCCAGGAGAUAGGAACUGGUGUAACUUGUGCCUUCCAGAGCUGGUGAUAAUCUCAUGCACUGACUCUAAGGAACUGGAUUUGUUUAUUUGUUAAUUGAGAAAAUGUUGACACUUUGUUGAUUGACAAAAUGUCUUUUUCGUAAAUGCACUAAAAGGGUUCCAAAAUCUACUGAUAACUAUACCAUUUCCAUGUGCUAGGAUAAGUUUGAAUAUGAGCUGCUUGCUUGCUUCUACAUUUAGAUGCAAAUAGAGGAGCUGUUUAAAAUAACAAUGUUUCAUUAUUAAAAUGACUAUUUCUUACACUUUCCAAAAGGAAAGUCAUGUCUGAGUUUGCAGUUGGACACAUUAGGGACUAUUAAAUACUCCAGUUUGUAUUAUUAGAUCAGAUUGAUAAAUUGUGCAAUAAACAGUGGGGGGGAGGGGAGGAAAAGAUAGCUAUUGACAAUUGUUUCUUCUUACAAUUGUGUGAUUUACUAUUGUUAUGUAUUGUAAUUGGUUGGAUCUGUGGACUAACUAUAAAUUUAUUUUCCUUAGAGGGCUGUUUUUAUAUAUUGUAUAUUGGUUUCUAGUAGUAUUUCUGACUGACUUGUGACCUUUUCUCCCUGUUUUAAAAAAUCAAUUAAAAUUCAUUUGAGUUUAUUAAAACCAGGCCUUCUCAUGCCCAGAUUGCUUAAGGUGAUAAGUAAGGUACUAACAGCAGGUGGUAAGCCAGCUGCUGCUUCCUGCCACAAUCCCUAUUAUAAGUGGUUCUAAGUGCUAUGGUGAAUAAUUAGAGUGCUGGGGAAAAGCAGGCUUAUUUCCCACAAUUCAAGUUCCAAUUUUGAUUUUCUUAAAUAAGUCACAUUUGCUACUUUUACCAAAGAAUGGGGAGAAAAUCAUUUGAAGACAGGGAGAAUCCACUAAGCAUCUGUGUGGUGGGCAUGGGAGCAGAGAUGUAUGUAAGUGAAAACACAAGGGAGAUCUCUUGUGUAAGACUGUGUCUUCUCAUCAUAUUUGUGGAAAGUAGUAAAGACAACCGCUACGCUA